AUGUGGGUCCUAUCGUCGCUCGCCCUCCCUCCCUCCACGCCUCCACCGUCCGCUGAAUCCGUCGAUCCGCGUUGCGGUCAUGCAUUCGAGGCAGACUUCUGUCCAGUGGUGAACCAUCUUGUUAUUGCUUCGUGGAAGGACCGCGAAUAUGCAUCCUCCGCCGUUCAGUCGCUGCUCAAUCACUGCCACGUCAACAAGCUACUGCAACAACGACCAGGAUCGUCGAGGUGA